AUGAGAGUCGCCAUCCGAGAGCAGCUCGCCGCGCUUGUCCUUUUCGCCGUCCUCCUCGCCCUCGCCGUCAUCUCCAUCCCGACAUGGAUCUUUGUCCACAACUUUGUCGUCGACGUCGAGUCCGACGGCCUGGCAUUGACAGCAACGCUCAAGGCCGCUGCGAUUGCUUCCGAGCUGGAGCUGGGGCAGACCAUCUGCCAGACCGUGGCCACCCGCAUUCUGCUGCAGCAGGCCUUCAUCGACUUUUAUAAUCAAAACUCGUCCCAUCCCUUUUUAAAUGCCCGCGCGGAUCUGGAGAGCGCAAUGGCGGCGAGGGGCGGCCUCAGCGGCCUGCUGCAGGCCCGACUCUACUCUCGAAACACCACCGGCGGCGAUCAUCGGGGCCUUCUGAGCGUGACUGGUGCCGGCGUGGGCAAUGGGACAAAUAAUAUCCAGCUCCCUUACCUGACGCCCGACGGCUCCAAAGUCAAUCUCAGCGAUACCGAGUACGGCUACCCCCCGUCGCUCUAUCCCAACAUCACAUACACAAACCUCGGAUACCCAAAUCCAUAUGUCCAGUCGACGCCCGCCUUUGGUGCCUAUGCCUUCCCAAAUGUCAACCUGAGCACCGGUGGCGGCCUUCUGUUGGGUCCCCUAGUCAUCAACGAAACAUUUGCCCUCAUCUCUCUCACUAUCCCUGUUAGGUCUUUUGCUAUCUCGGGCUUCAUUCUUGGGUACAUGACACUGGUUCUUUCAGCUGGUUCGCUGUCUUCCAUUCAAAUGUCCCCCGAAGGAUUAGGCUCGACGGGGGUGGUCCUUCUUGUUGGACCGGCUAACCCGUCCAACCGCUUCAAUGUGUCCCAGCCAGCCAGUAAUGAUACGUAUUCGCCUACGCAACCCAGUUUCAAGAACACCCCUGUCCGUUUUGUCAUCCCUCCGGUCCCGAGGGAUGGGCAGCCUGAUCGACACUCCGGAAGGAAUUAUGACGAUGGGAACUAUUAUGCACGCCCAUUCCCCCUAUUUCAGUUUCCAAGCCUGACAAAGGUAUAUACCCGCAAGCUCUCGCCGCUGGAUAACUCUACUGUCGACCUAUCAACGACAAAUGAGCAGGGCGUUCCUGUGGCUGUGGGCGUCGCCCGUCCAGCGACAACCCUGGUCAACUGGGCGAUUGUCGUGGAAAAGGCCAAGAGCGAGGCAUAUGAGCCUAUUGACAAGCUGAGGGACAUCCUCCUGGGGUGUGUCUUCGGGACCGCUGGUCUUGUCGCAAUCCUUGUAUUUCCCUGUGCACAUCUCAGUGUGCUGUCUAUACGACGGCUGAAGGCUGCCACGGAGAAAUCUAUCAACCCGCCUGGAUACGAUGAGGAAUUUGAUGAUGGAUUUGACGAGGAACACCCAAGCUCGGGAGCUACUAGCUCCAAACGAUCCGACAGAGGAUUCUUUGCUACCAUCUGGCGGAGGAUAUGGAGGGAGAAGAAGGCGAUACCCAUUUCCGAAGCUGAUGCUCACCGACACGUCUUCAAGAUACCUGGGAGAGUUGAAGUUGGCAAACACUAUAUUACAGACGAAUUGACAGAGCUCACCGACACAUUCAACAGCAUGACAGACGAGCUAUUGAAACAAUACACGUCCUUAGAAGAAAAGGUUGCGGAGAGGACACGAGAGUUAGAAGUUAGUAAGAGAGCAGCGGAAGCUGCCAACGAGAGCAAGACACUCUUCAUCGCCAACAUUUCUCACGAGUUAAAAACGCCGCUGAAUGGCAUUAUGGGCAUGUGCGCUGUUUGCAUGGAGGAAGACGACAUUGUACGAAUAAAACAAUCGCUCAAAACUCUCUAUAGAUCAGGCGACCUCCUGCUACAUCUUCUAGAAGAUCUUCUUAGUUUUUCCAAGAAUCAAAUUGGCCAGCAUGUUAGCCUUGAGGAGAGAGAAUUCCGGUUGGGCGACAUCAAAUCCCAAAUGUUGUCCAUUUUCGACAAGCAGGUGCGCGAGAGCGACAUCACAUUCACGGUGAGCUUUCUCAGCGGCGAAAGCACAGAGCUGAAUGGGGUUCUCGAUCAAAGUGUAUUAGAAAAAACACUGCCGGCCCUUGGCCCUAACGGUAUGGGUCGACUGAAAGAUGCCUAUGUCUGGGGCGACCAACAUAGAAUUCUGCAGGUCAUGAUCAAUCUCGUCAAUAAUAGUCUAAAGUUUACCCCCCCUGGGGGCAAAGUGGACUUGCGAAUUCGGUGCAUUGCCGAGGCUGAGCGAAUGAAUAAUGAUGACAGCCGGACCUCAUCUUUGUCCAAAAGUGGUUCGACAAGAAUCGGGCGAAGCCGGCAUAGAGGCAGCUCCGGAUCUACGAGGUCUACCAACUCUCGGACAACGAAUGCUUCCACAACGAUUAGGAACGGCACUGCCCUUGCAAUCAAUCCUAUGGACCCCAAGGCCACACCACAUGUUCGCGUCCGGGAGAGAUCACCGACGCCGCCGCCGCCAAACGCGAAGCCCUACGUCUUUGAGUUUGAGGUAGAAGACACAGGGCCAGGUAUUCCCGAGCAUAUGCAAGACAAGAUUUUCGAGCCGUUUGUUCAAGGCGAUCUUGGCUUGAACAGGAAAUUUGGAGGAACAGGCCUGGGACUGAGUAUCUGCUCACAGUUGGCCAAGCUGAUGGGUGGAUCAGUUACCCUCAAGAGCACUGUGGGUGUCGGAUCGACGUUUACGAUGCACAUUCCCCUUAAAUACGUCAAAGAUCGGCCGCCAAGUACCGCUUCCAGUAGUACAAAUUCAAGACCAACUAGCGUUAGAUCUACGGCUGGCGAAGGUCCCCGAAAUUCCCUGAAUGGAUCAGUAUCGCCUUUGCAGGACACAAAAUCCAAGAGCACCUCGGCUUUGAUAGACAACAAGCUGCCCCGUCUCGUGGGCCUCAGCGCGCCCUUUUUUGCAAAGCCCACAUCAUCCCCCAGCAAGGAGGACCAGACAGCAGUCAUUGACAAAGCAAUGGCGAACAAGACGGGCAAGGGCAAGCUCCGCGUGUUGGUUGCCGAUGAUAAUGCAACCAACGUUGAAGUGGUGAGUAGGAUGCUUAAACUCGAAGAAGUCUACGACGUUGCCAUCGCCAAAGAUGGCCAGGAGGCGUAUGAGCUGGUAAAAGCCAGCAUGGAAAAAAACCAGCGUUUCGAUGUAAUAUUUAUGGAUAUUCAGAUGCCAAACGUUGAUGGUUUGCAAUCGACUCGACUUAUUCGCAAGAUGGGCUACUUGGAGCCCAUCGUUGCGCUUACUGCUUUCUCCGAAGAGAGCAAUGUAAAAGAGUGUAUAGAAUCAGGCAUGGAUGAGUUUUUGAGCAAACCCAUUAGGCGGCCGGCCCUAAAGAAAGUGCUUAAGAAAUUCGUCACGAUUCCAGAGGAGCCCGAAACGACUGGCUCGAUGAAAGAAAAGCGAUCAACCACGAUAAACGGGAAAACAAGGGAAUAA